AUUUAACUAUACCCUGUCAGGAUCAACAACAGAAGACACUAUAGGGUCGCCCUGCCUGGGCCCUUUACAAAAUGGCCGCUUCUUUCGACUGGACUUCGUUAGUGCAGCAAUCCGCUGACUUAGUAGGACAGGACUACAACAAUGUUCCCAGGGUGGAGCGCAGCCUUCCACAGCUGCAGCAGUAUGCCGAUGCGCUACGUUCGCGCACAAACCGGUAUCGCGGGCCUGCGGAGCAAGCGGCAGCGACCCGUCUGCUUGCACAGCAAGGGUUCGAUGCUAACAGGCUGACCACGGAGGUGGUUGGGCUGGAGAUCGUACCCACCAUCGAGGACGUCUUCCACGCGGAGACCAACAGCGUGGAGGAGUACCUGCAGCAGGUGGAAGAGGCCACGCUGCUGGCGGCUAUACAGGAAGCCCAGCAGGAGUCGGUGGCCUCGUUCGAGUCGUACAUGGAGCAGUGCAUGGCUCGCGACUGGGCUGCCAACAAGCGGCAGCUGUUUGGUCUCAUUGCACCCACCAGCCUGGGGGGAGUGGGCGGCGGAGGAGGGGUGUACGGCGGAGGGGCGCAGCCGCUGAUCGGGCGCAGCGCGGGAGGCGGCCAUGCUUUUGGCGCCCCCUCGCUGCGCCUCUCCCCCAAGGAGACCGCGUACGUGGAGGUGGUGAAGCGCAUGGCAGGGGCCACGGCGGCGGCGGGGGGCGCGCAGGCGGCAGCGGGGCCCGCGUCCGGACUGGAUGCGGUGAAGGAGUUCCUGGACGCAUGCAAAAAGCACGAGGACAAGGCACCCGGCCACGACACCCCCAUCUCCUCCGUCUGGGCGCUGCUAGCAGACGUGCUAGGCGAGGCGCGUCGUCGCGGCGUCACACCCUCCGCCCCCUCCGCCUCCGCCUCCUCUUUCGGCACACCUGCCCCCGCCUCUUCCUCCUCCUCCUCUGCCGGUCAGCGCUAUGUGGAGGCGCUGUCUGCGGGUGCUCGGGCGCACCUGGAGCGGGGGCACCAGGCGCACAUGCGGGCCACCAUCAGCCGCUACAAGUUGGUGGCGGAGCGGGGGAGCGACCCGGAUGCGCUGCGGGAGGUGCAGGCGUAUGUGCAGGUGAAGUUCCGGGACCGCGGUCCGCUGGACUUCUCCGCCUCCUCGGGCGGCGGUCUGGACACCUCCUGGGUGCAGCUCUUCUACUGCCUGCGCUCCGGAUACGACCGCGCAGCAGCCCGGGCGGCAGAGCGCUGCGCGGACCUGGU